UGCCGUAAAUAGCAGCAAAAUAAAGGGCCCGUCGCUCUAGAACAGUAUACUCGUUAAAAAAUUGGAGAGCAAAACAAAGAGAAUCUGAGCAAAAGCACAGCUCAUACUAUUUUUACUUAACUGUUUUGUUUAUUUGCAGACGCAACCUGUUUUGUUUUUGGUAAACUUUAACUAUUUUAAUGUCGACAUUGACUCUGACAAACCACAAAAGCAGUGCAAGAAAUGACUACAAUGAUGCGGAUAAUUGAGAGAAAAGACCUUGCACCAAGGAGAGCGCAAGAGAAAGCAUGCUGUACGGAAUAGACAGGCACAGCAAUUUUCAGCCCAACGCAACCCCUACUACAAAGAUUCCGAAGAAGCUUUUUUACGAAACUUUGCAGAGAAUAGGAAAGAGAGAGAUUAAGUGGGAGAGCGAGUGUCUCAUAUGCACAUAAAUGUCAGGGUGGUGCAGCCCCUCUACAGUUACUGAUAUUCAUAUUACAGCAAGAAAGAAAUUAUUUACACCCUCACCUAACAAGCUUCACAGUGUGCCAUCAGAGCAGAUGUUAACACAUUAGAGUGUAUAGAGUGUUUUGUUCUGCUGGCGAAAAAGCUUUCUCCCAUUAGAGCAAGAAAUUCAUUUUGAAAGUGAAAUUUACAAAAUCGCGAGCGUAAGCGUACAUUUGCAAUCGAACUGUCCGACGGCGCGGAGGACAAACACGCAGAAACAUUUUCAAACAAAAUUUGCGCAAAGCAACGGUUUUUUUUUACAAUAAAAAUAUAGGGGAGACAAUAUUUACUUUUUCUAAUUGCCAUACAACAGUUUUCCUUAAGCGUUUUGCGCAAUCUUUCGCAGCGUCGGGGAAGAAUAUUUGCAAAUGAGAUGAAAUAAUAAAGAAAGUUUGUCAAAAUUUUGCGUGCGGGUUGAAGAGAAACAAAUUAAAAUAAAGUAACUGUGCAAAAUAUGUGAUAAUACAAAAACAAAACGUGUAGAGCGCUAUUAACAGGAGACGAGAGGUGCUUUGCUAGUGUGAAAAUCUAUGAAAAAAAAAAAUCAUUACUUUUCCCCCAAAUGGUGCUAACUAUUAGCUGCUACUUUGUUACUUCCAAUACUUUGUACGCCUGCACCAACGUCACAACUGUGCAAACGAAGGCAAAAGGGUUCACUAGCUGACCACUAGCGCACUCCACUCCGCACAGCCACUCCGAUUCAAAUGCAACAGUUAAUAAUUGAACAAAAAUAAUUAGUAGAUAUAAAUAAUAAAAAUAAGAAAUGUAUUGCCAUUAAUACCAAUAUUAUUUGAAAUACAAAUUUCCAAUAAAACAACAUUAAACGCGUUAACAUAUGUCACUUUUGAAAAUAGCUGCUGGCUUUUCAGCGUUGACGCCUGAGCGUCCAGGCGCGAAGAGAGCCCAAUAGAGAGCACAGAACGCACGGCAGAAGACAGUAGCAAAGCAGAGAGCUUUGUUGUUGCCAAAGUGAAUGCGAAAUACAUACAAACAUAUAUGUAUAUACAAUUACAAAUUAGAGAUGGGAGUAUUGUGAAGAAAUAAUAGUAAGACCCAAAGACAAUCUCGCACGACAACGGAAGCCAACAAAGAAAAUACAAGAACAAGAAACACCCCACCAACACAAAGGAAUAAUGCAAUAAAUGAAAUUAAUAGUAUUGCCAGUAAGCAGGUAGCCAGGUAGCAGUAAUAAGCAACACAAACACACUCUCACACUAAGCAAACGCGCAUUAUACACCACCGAUUCGAAUUGAUACGGAGAAGCAACAAUAUGUUGAUAAGCAAAAGUUCCUAAGCAACUUGUUAAGCAGACACAAGUAUUAGUAUAGGACUAAUACACACAUACAUAGGCACACACUGACAACACAAACAAAUUUAAAGUUGAUCUAAAAAAAAAAAUAAAAAUCAAAUAAAUAAAUGAGCCGCCGGUGACGCGCCCGCGAAACUUGGCGUCAUGUUGCGCUUCAUGUUGCCAAAGUGAACACUGUUGCAUGCGACAUGCACGAGUAAAGUGCCACAUGUGCUACGCCAAGCAUAAACAAAUAAAGAACUACAAAAAAACUAAAAAUUGCAAAUUGCAUAAAUACAUGUGUUAACAAUAAUAAUUAUAUUGCAAAAAGUGAGUAAAUAAGUUUAGUUUGCAAAUGUGCUUAAAUGAGAAGUUGAGGGUGCAAAAUAAAAUAUAAUUGAAAUUUGAAAAAUUAAAAAAAAAAAUAAGUAAACAUAAAAGAAACUAGUUCAAAAUUUUAAAUAAAAUAAAAAUAAAUAAAUGUAAAAAUUAUUAAAAUUAUGGAAAAGAAAAAAUAAGGAGCGGGAAAUAAAAUUUAGUAAAAUUUGUAUGCCAUCUAGUUAAAGGUCACUAAAUAAAAAAAAUAAAAAUAAUAAUAAUAGCAAGAAUAAUAUAUAAAUAAAUAGUAAUAAUAAUAAAUAAAAAUAAAAGGAUUAAGCCCCUCCCUUGUUUUCUAUAACGAAUUCUAGCCCUCACUAUAAAUGGGUAGUCAUAAAAUAUUUCAGAUAGUAAUCAAUACCAAAGCGAUGGUGCUUUCGAUCGAUGGAAGCUCAAUAAAAUAUCAUUAAACACUUUUUAAAUCAAAGGAAUAGGUCUAGAAAGGCAAACACAAAAAAGUCGCCAAAGUUUUGAGUUUCCUUAAAUAAAUUUUCUUUGCAAAAAAUUCUAACAUACGGCGAUAUAAGGUCCUUUCAACGAAAGUAGUAACCCAUGAUGAAAAUUUUUUGAGUAAUUUUUGAAAAAAAUAUUAAAAAAAAAAUAAAAAAAAAUUAAAAAAAAAUAAAAAAAAAAAAUUAAAAAAACAAUUUAAAAAAAAAAAUUGAAAAAAAAUUAAAAACAAAAACGAAAAAUACCCAUAAAAUCAUUUAAAUAACUUAGGUUGAACGUUGUGAAUUGAAAAUAAAAGAUUAUAUUAUUAUAUUAAAGAUACUAACUUCUUGCAAUAAAUUUAAUUAAAAAUACUUUUUAAACCUAUUUCUAGUUGCGGCAGCGUAGCAGAAGCUCCAUUAAUUAAAUAUAUGCAAGCAUAAGGAAUCAAUAAAGUAAGCCCUCCAAUAGUCGAACUAGUUAAAUUGAAAACAAAAAAUAAAUAUUAAAAAAAAAAUUAGAAAAUUACACAAAAUUAAAUUACAAAUAAAAAUAAGCGUGAAAUAAGAGAGAAACAAAAAUACAACAAACAAAUCAAAUUAAUUGCAACAAAUUGUUGCGACAACUAAUUGCAAAAUAAAGGCAGCAAACCGGCGAAAAAUGAUUUGGCAAAUGCAAUAAGGAAAUAAAUAACAAUAAACAGAACAAAGCAGAAAAAACUGCUACAAAAAUCUAAAUUAAAGCACGUUACAACUACAACUACAACAAAAUAAUAGUACAUAUAAACGCACACGAUGUUGUGUUUAUAAACAAAUAUUAAUGGUUUUUAGCUGUGAUAUAACGUCUAGCGAUUAUUUGAAACGAUGGACUUGGCGACCGUACCACCGGAGCUGGAGGAGCUCCUUAUCUGCAGCUGUUGCCAUUUACCCUUCAACGAUAACGACGCGCUGCCGAAGCUAUUCACGUGUCGCCACUACUUCUGCCUCAAAUGUGUCAAUUCGUUGCUGCGCGAAGGCAGCGAUGAACUCUACUGCGUACACUGCUGGAAGCGUACCGAACUGCAGGGACCCGAGCCACGUACCGAUAGCUUACCCACCUACAAUGCGAUUUUAUAUCUCACACAGAAUUUGACUACGCUUAGUUUUAAAAUGAAAUGCGGCGAACGUGAUCGGCAGCAGCGUUCGUCGUCGAUUGCAUCGAACGGCUCCACCGGCGCGCUUAGCGGGAGCGGCGUUAUUAAUAAUACUGGCAAUAACAACAACAAUAACAGCAACAAUAGCGAUGGCAGCAAUGGCAAUCUGAAUAGUAUUGGCGUUGGCGUUGGCGUUGGCAACAACAACGCCAACAACAAUUUGGAUAAAUUGAAAAUGACCGAAAAUUGCAUGACACAUGCCAUGCCCAACACAUUGUGGUGUAGCGUGUGCAAUAUCUUGCUUUGCCGCGCCUGUGCCGCAACCGAGGAGCACCGCACACAUUUGGUGAAGAAUAAAAUCGAAGCCAAGGAAUCGCUGCACUCGGACAUAUCAAAAGAGCUGCUCGGCAUGCAGAAGACGCUGAACGAUGUGCAACAUUUGGUAUUGAAGCAACGCGAUUUUCUGCUCAAGAUAUUGGAGAGCUGCACCACGCUCAAGACACAAAUCGAGGCGGAGCUGCUGAAUCAUAUGCCCACUUUGGAGAUUUCCGAAAUUCGUGAGAACCUAUGCAAGGCGCGCCUUUGCCUCGAGAUACUUGAUAAGCAGACGCCAGCUGAGGCUAUGAAGCUCUAUGCCACACUGCAUGCCGAGAAGCAGCGGCUCAUGGCCAAGUACCAGGAGAUGUUUCUGCAAUGCAAACUGGACGAUAUGAUACGCAAUUGUGGCUAUGUCUUCGAUUUCGAUCUUAUCAAGCAGGCACUCGUACAGAUGCAUAAUUGUGUGCUCAACGGUGGCAAUUUGGAUAACUUCGGUGUGGGCUCGGUAAUUGGUGGUCUCAAUGGCAUAACGACGGCUACUCAUCAGAACCCGGUUUUGCUUUUGGCCAAUUAUUGUAUUUCACAAUUGUAUUCGCGCCAUAUGUUGUUGUUGAAGCAACAGCAACAACAACAGCAGCAGCAACAGCAGCAUGCACAACAGCAACAACAACAUUUGUUGUCCAACGGUUUGCUCACCUCGAUGAUAUCGCACGUGAGUCUCUCCACGACUACUAACGGAAAUUUGCCCACUUCGAAUGCCAAUUUCACGCAUGCAACAUAUGCACAGGCAUUACAGCAGAAUCAACCGUCAAACAACAGCGUGACACAACAACAAGCCAACAAUCCCACUUCGCCCGCACACAAGACUUACGCCGACAUCAUUGCGCUCUCGAGCAAAUCUAACGCCAGCCUGCAAACCGCGCAACAGCAGCAACAGCUGUUGCAACAACAACAAGCCGUAAGCAGUAGUUUCUCCGAAAUCGCACCAAUUGGCACACCGGCAACAACAUCGAACACAUCAGUGGUGGUUGGCGCACAACGCAACAACACUUCACAUCUCUUUUCCAGCACCGAUCUGAACGGUUUAGGUCUAAGCUUAUUGCAUCUGCAACAACAACAGCAGCAGAGUGCUUCGAAUACACAGCAACAAACGAAAUCAACAUUACUACUUAACCCCAGCAUACACGUCUAUCCCAUCUACUAUUUCAACAUCGAAAUCAAUGGGCAGCACUCCGGCCGCAUACUCAUAGAGGUGCGCAGCGACGUAGCGCCGAAAAUGGCAAAGAAUUUCAAUGCACUGGCUACGCAAGAGCUCGGCUAUGGUUACAAGGGUUGUCACAUUUUCCAGUGUUGGGAGAACGAGAGUAUUAUUACGGGCGAUUUUGAAUUGAAUAAUGGGCGUGGCGGACGCUCGGUAUACGAUGAGGGCUUUUUUAUGCCGGACGACACAAAGAUACUAGCCAUACGCGGUUCGGUUGGCAUGAGGCGAAGUCAAAAGCGUCACGAUAAUUUAGGUCUCGUUGGUUCACAGUUCCGUAUAAUUUUAAGAGAAAUGCGCGGUUUUACAGGCAUAUUUGCAUUUGUGAUCGAGGGUUUGGAUUUGGUGGAGAAAAUAUCACAAACCGGCGAUGCGACUGGUAAGCCACAGAGUAGUGUUGUCGUUGUCAGUUGUGGCAAAUAUCAGUUGGGUUAAGUGUCAUAAAGGUCCGUAGUAGGGGUUAGAUUUUAAGAUUUUACUUUGAAUAAUGCGAACUUUUUAAUAAGCGUACGAUAGAAAAUUAUAUUGAAAUAUCAUGAGUUUAGGUUUCCCACCUAUGUAAAUCAUGUUUUCAGAAUGUUUUGAAGACUAUGAGCGGGCGGGUGUGAAGACACUAUUAUCAGAUUAAGGAAAAUACUUAACGCAAAUGAAUGGAUCGGGAUGGUGAUUUUGGUAAAUCCAUAAAAGUUGCUUGAAAGUUAAUAUUAUAGAAUGCAAGCAGCUUUCGAAAACGUUACUUUUUAAAGCUUUAUUUAAUUAUUAUUUUAAGUUUUAUUUAAUCCAAUUUUUUUUUGGAAUUUCAUACAAAUUCUCAACGAGUUCCUUACUUAAUUAAAUUCAUUUUGAUUAAUCGAUAAGUGAAAAAUAGUAAUAAACAAACAAAAUUCCAAAUUUACAAAUCUAUAAUUUUUACAGAAUUAAUUAAUUUUAUAAUUAAAAAAAUCAGCAAAAUCGUUUGUGACGUUUCGUCUAACUCACUAUAUCCACUGUCUAUAAAUAUAUAUAAAAAAUUUUAUUAAAAAGGAAAAACUCCUUUUAAAUAGUGUUUCAAACUUUCACAACUAAAAACUCGAACUUCGAAAACAAAUAUGAAACAAAACCAAUAAAUAUCACAAGGCUUCAACAAGAAGUUGAAUAGUGAGAAGGCAAAAGUCCAAAUUAAUCGAUGUGCGUGCACACUUUGAGCUAGUUUUAAACGUCCGCUCAUCAGAGUGUUAAAAUCUGUAAAAUGCCGUAAUCGAUAGUAAGAAAACAAAGGCACACACACAACCUUUAACUCGAAAAUUGUUGCUUUAUUCCUCUUUUUUAAGACAUUUAAGAAAAUUUGUUGCGCAAAUUGUUCACUAAUCAAUACUUUGGGGUAAUCAAACGAUAUGAUUUCACUAACUAAUUUAACACCGUGACAUACAACAAACAAAGAACAAAGUGAAAACGUCUAGGGAAUUUCUACUCAUGGAGUAGUAAGCGUCAUUUUAGCACUUUUGUAGAGCGACAAAGCAAAAACAAAAACAAAAACAAAAAACGAACAAAAUUUAACGAUGAAUAGUUAAAAUUUACGGAGAAUCCACGAAAACUUAGCUACAUAAGGGCACAUACUUGUAGGUUGCUUGUAAACCGGUUAACGGAACCGGAAAUGAAGUAUAUAAAUAUAUAAAUUGAGCCAACAACGCAAUAAAAUAUAAAUGUGAAAAUAUAUACGAAGAACUAUGUAGUUAUUUACAUAUAUACAUAAAUAAAUAAACAAAUAUAUAUAUAAAUAUAUAUUAUCUCGAUGUGUAGCCUUGAAGUGUUAAUAUUAAAAAUAAAUACACACACAAACACAUACAAAAAAGUGUAUCAGAAAAAAACACUUAAUUUAAAACUACACAUAAAGACAGAAACUUAUAUACUUACAUACAUACAUAUAGAUAAUAUAUCGCAAUAUAUAUAAAUAUAUGUUAGGCAAAACCAAAGUCAUUACACACAUAUUAAACGUUAAACUUAAAUGUCCAAGAAUUAAAAGAAUGAGGCGCAUAAAAAUUAAAGAAAAAUAAUUAAAUGUGAAAUUAAAUAUUCAACAUAUAGAAUAUUAUAGUCAACUAUCCAGUAUUAAACGAUUAAUUCCAUGAUGACGUUUAGAGAGCAUUCAAAACAAUGCAGAACUUUAGCAACAAAAACAUACUUACAAAUAUACCAAAACUUAGUUAAAUAGUAUAAAAUAUAUUUACUUAAAUGCAACAAACAAAAAACCAAAAAAAAAAAUAACAAAAAAAAAACAAAAACACAAACAAUGUUGAAUAUUGAUAUUGAUAAAUACAUUUGUCUGAAACAUUUGUGUUUUAAAGCGCUACAAGUGUACCUGUCUUCAAAACGUUAUAUUGAAAGUGUAGUGAGGAAAAUGCCGAAGUACUAUAAGCCAAAACAGAAACAGAAACGAAAAAAAAUGCAUAUAUAAAACUUUGGCAACUUAUAUAUGUAUAUGUAAAAGAAGCAUGAUUAAAGAUCCCCCUUCAACAUUUUAAAUAUACGAGAUUUCAUACUAAAACUAUAUUCUAACUUUACUAUCUAAUUAAUUUUUGUACACCACGGUUUUUUGUGCUAACAACUUUACGAAAUAAUAGUAGGAAAUGAAAAAAAAAAACAAAAUAUGUACCUACAAAUACACGUAGACAAAAAUUAGAAACAAUUUAGAAUCGAUGCACACGUUUAUGAACAAAAAAAAAGAGGAAAUUCCCAGCGAUUUUGAAAGUCAUAAUUUUACGAAAUAAAAAACUUCGGCAUUUGAUGAAAUGAAAAUCAAAUAUAUAAACAUUCUUAAAUACAACAAAAACAUGACUACUUAUAAAAAGAUGUAUGUAUGUUUACAAUUCGUCAGGCAUGAUACGUUUAACGUGGAAACUAACAAUAGUUAUCGAAAAAUAUUUAUCGAUAACAAUUUUUACAAAACUAUAUUUAAGUUAUUUUAUGUUAUAUGUUAGACAAUACUUUAUUGCUAUACAACUCACAGCAUAAAUCAUUUUAUCGGAUUUAUAACCAUCGAAUUACCUUACAAUAAAAUAAUAAUAUAUCGGAAAUGAUUAAAGUUAUCGCUGCAAUAAAUCAAAAUAAUGUUGAAAAUCAGUCUGUGAAUUAAAUUGUAGAAAAUUCUUGCAGUUAGCAAGCCAGUUGUGGUACAAUAGAAUCUAACAGUAAUCGAGUAAUCGAAAGUCGAUUCAGUGAUGUGCACCUAAAUUGAAUAUUUCAAGUAUUUUUCUUUCGCAAAAUUCUAAUUCUAAUUCUUUUUUUUUCAAAAUUUAACUCUUUUUACUGUUACAUUUGAAAAUCUUUGAUAUUUAUAUUCUUUUUCUUUCUAUUACACAAUUAUUAUGUUUACAGCUUGAAAACAUAUCGUUUUGUUCCCCAUAUUGUCAAAUAAUUUUGAAGCAAACAUGGAUUUCGGAACAAAAACAAGUAAUUGUACUAAAAUGUGCGAUUUCAAAAAAUUAAUAUCCGCAAGUUUCAAUCCUCCGAAAAAAGUUUUCACUUUCAUUGCGCCGAAUACGAGGUAUAUUAAAGAUAGUGUUAGACUAUACUUCCAAAAAGAAGUCUGUGUGACUUUGUACAAUCAUUUUUAAUUUUGACUAAACUCUUGAGCAUAUUCGCUGAAGCAUUGCUGUUAACAUACGAAACAUCCCUCUAAGCUGUUCUCAGCAGAACUUAAAAAAAGUAUUUUAUUGCCAGUUGGCGGCAAUGAAAAACAGUUCUGAUUCUACCAGAUAUGAACAGACAACUUUAUGAAGAGUUAGGUUUUGAAAUUUUAACUUUACUUUUUUGCUGUGAGUUUAAGCACAAAUUUCUUAAUAUUUAUUAUUUCAUUAAAAAGUAUGGUCUGUAGACAGUGAAUUACAGUAGUGGACAUCGAUUUGUCCUCGUUGUAAUUUUUUUUUUUUAUUUAAAUCUUAACACGAAACGUUCAUGUGAAAUGAGUAGUAUGUAUUUAAGUUAAAACUACCUAUUAUAAAAAAAUAUACAACUCGGAAAGAAACAGAGAAUACAAUUGACUCAGAACUGCGAGCGAUAAUCUUUUUAUAAAGUUAUGGCGUGAUUAUAAUAGAUGAAGCAUUUUUAAACACAAACACGUAACUAAACUUAACUUAAACUUAAACUUAAACACUGCAACAACAGUGCUAGGUUUCUAAAUGUACUUAUUUUAAGGUGGCAAACUAGUUUCAUUUUAUUUCCUUUUCUCCUAUGGUAAAUGCUCAAAAAUGCAAUCAACGAAAUUAGCUGCCAAUAAAAUAUGAACGAAUUUCAAGGCUUUCUAGAAAACUAAAAUUACGAACGGCACAUUUAAGCAAUUAAGUUCUUUAACCCAUGAUUUGCCUUUUCGUUUAUUUUUCUUUCUAGAGAAGAAACUCUUUUGCGUGUUAGGCAGUAUUCAUAUAUUAAAUCGUUAAAAUCGAAUUUCUAACAUAAAAAACGUAUUUUAAUUACUAUUUAUAUUUAACUGAUGCAUAAUCUAAUGACAUAUCCAAAUUUGCAAAGAAUUGAGUUACAAAAAUAUGCGUAAACAAAGAGGAGAGUUAAACACUUUGCGACACUUACUAAGAACUGCGCUAGAAAAGAGCAAAUAACUCAAACUCUUCAAGAAAUACUAUAUUGCUAUUCCAUUAACGAAGUAAGGCAACCAAAUGAAAUGAUUAAAAUCGGAAGAUCGAACAAAAAUUAUAUUAAAUGCGCUUGAAUUACUUUCGAAAUUUACACAAGUAAUUUUUAAUACACACACUUGGCUGUAUGUGAACUUAAAAAAUGUAUUUAUCAAACGAAAUUAUUAUUAUUCAUUCAAUUAUUUGUUUAAUCGACUUUAUUGUGGCAUAGAAAAUUAACUAGAUAUCAAAAGAACAUUGGAAAUUAUAGACAAUUAUAAUACAACAAAAACUUCGUAGUGCAAAUAUGCAUAUAUUCGUAACGACUUAACUAAGCAAAAGACAAAAUAAAUAAAAAAAAAAACCAAAAAACAAAAAACAAAGAAUGCAAAAAUGCAGAAGAAAGUAUAAACAGCAAAGAAAUUGCAAAGAAAAAUUACGCUUUAAAUGUUGUGUGAUUACAUUUUAAGACAAUUAACUAAUUAAUUGCAUAAUUUUACGCAAUACGUCGUUUCAUAUAACCAAAGAACAAAAAUUAAUUAAAUCAAAUACAAACGCUAUUUAUUAACUCUGUAUAUUUAGGGAGAAUAGAUUUUUUUCAUAUAUAGUAGCCGAUUUGUUUUUACUUAGUCAUAAGCAAGGCAAAAAUCCUGUGCGGAAAAGGUGCUUGUGUGAAUGUGAAAGGUUGCUGAAAAUUGUUGAAAAACUAAACGCGUUGAAGUCAUCCAAAAUGAACCGCAGAACAACAAAUAUUAUUAAAUAUAUUUGCUUCUACUUACAUUUUACUAAAUGCAGCAUGCCUCGCCUAAUUGUAUAUUUUUUGUUGCAAUAAAUGGAAAUAGCUCAUAUUAGGAACCUUUUUUAAGUACGUUUAAUGGAGAAAUUUGUUUAGUAAAGAGACUUUUAAACAAUUGACACUUCUUUUAACGGCAAUCAUAUAAGUUAUAGAAUCAAAUGGAGAAAGGUGAGGUUAUCGCUAAUUUUGAUAAAUAGUAAGAGACGAAAGGAAUUAAUGAGGAUUAAUUAAACAAUGAAAUUGACUUGUAUUUUUGGUGAUCAUUUAUAUAAGGAAAGCAAUUGAGCGGCAACCAUUUAACCCUGCUGUUAGGUUAAAAAAAACUUACGAAUCUAGUCUUAGAGGACCAUUUGGUCCAUACAAAAUAAGAAUUUAAUCUUAGUCUUUAUAUUUAGUUUGGUUCAAUACUUGCUAAAUAUUAUUAUUUUAUUAUUUACUCAACUCUGGUAAAAUAAAAACUAAGCGAGGGGUUCCCCCGUUUUGCAUGUUACAAAGAAAAAAAAAUUGGACCAAAUAAAUGGUCCUUAACCUAACAGCAGGGUUAAGAAAAUAAUAUCUUUAUGUAUGAUCUAUUUACAGGCGAUAUUUUCAAAUUUAUAGUAUAGAUUAUGAGACAAUUAAAAUGCAAUAUGUUUAUCUGCAGAUGGAAUUGUUUUUCCAAUCGAGUGAGUCACGUUCUUAUAAAAAAGUAAUACGUUUCUUUAAUCAGCAGAACUAUCGGUGAUUUGGAUCUAAAAGUUGGCAAAAUAUUGUGUGGGAUAUAAGAAAAAUAAAUGCGCUUAUGCGCAGCAAAGUCGAUCAUAACUUUUUCAAGAUCUUUUUCAUAAGAAUAUUCAAGAACUAAGCAGCUCAAUUCCAACCAUCGAAGUUCACAUAAAUCUAUAAUAUAUAUAUAAGUGAUUUUUAUUUAAAACAAUAAAAUGAUUUAUUGGUCAUGAAGAAGAAUGAUUCACUGAGGAAUAAGGAAGGCUGUGCUUUCGGCUAGUAUUUUUUCGGAUUCGGACUUAUGUUGAGCACACUGAUAAAAGCAGUUUUAAUAAAAAGACAUAGCUACUCGAAUUGCUUAAAUAAGUUGAUGUAUUUUGUAUUCUGUGAGUAUACUAAAAUUUAAUUCAACGCGGAUCAUUGUAGACCUUUGCCGAAAUCACAUAAGCACCUAAGAAUAGAAAUAUAGUAGGCAGCAAAAAGGAAAACGGGCAACACGCUUUACAUGUACAAUAAAAACCAAACAAGUUUUAACUUAAGUAGAAAAACAUACAAACAUACAUGUAUAUAAACAUACAUUUAUAUACAUGAAACGCAUAGGUUAGAAAAAUUAAAAAUCGCUAAAAACUUUAACUUCCGUUUGAGAAAACAAUAAAUAACAAUGCCGUUCCAUACUUUUUAUGAUUAUGUAGCAUUAAAAUAGCAACAAAAGCAAAAACAAAAAUUACGAAUAACAUACAUACAUACAUACGCAUAUUACAUACAUAUGUAUUAGUGUUGUAAGAGAGAAAUAUUUUUGCAAAAGUGAAAUGUUGAAGGACAAGUGGGGAGGAGCAGAGCUCAGCGCCAAGCCAAACUGAUAGCGACGAAAAAACGUGCGACGACAUGAGUAAACGCCGACAAAAUACGAUUUUAGCUUUCAAAGAGAUACUAGAAUACUAGAUACAGAUACAGUAAAUUCAGAUAUAUACCAGAUAUGGUAUUGUAUGUACAUACAUACAAACAAACAAACAUACAAAUGACAAAUGGGAAUGCAGACACAAGUACCUUCGGUUUAGGAACCACAAAAUCAAUAAACAAAACUAUGAUAAAACAAAACAAAAACUAGAUGCAAAAACUAAAACAAAAGCAAAGGUCAUAAAGCAAAUAUACAUAUUAUGGUGCCCGUCAUUUUGCCCAAGUUGAAUUUGUUUUUUAGCUGAUGCAGACUGAAGUUACUGCCCUAAAAAAUUAUCACACUGAAGCAAACACUAUAUUUUUUAUUUUUUUAUUUUUUUUUAUUUUUAAUUCUUUUAUUUUUUUUAUUUUUGAUUUUUUUAUUUUUUUUAUUUUUUAUUUUUUGAUUUUUUUUAUUUUUGAUUUUUUUAUUUAUUUUAUUUUUGAUUUUUUUAUUUCUUUUAUUUUUGAUUUUUUUAUUUUUUAUUUUUUUUAUUUUUUAUUUUUUUAUUUUUUUUAUUUUUUUAUUUUUUUUAUUUUUGAUUUUUUUAUUUUUUGCCUACAAUUUUGAAAAUACGGAUUUUCUAAUACAAAAUUUUGCGCUCUAUAAAAAAGCUCUUGCUUUGUUUCCAUAAAAAUCUUUCUUUAGAAGUUGUAUGCGCCUAAAAGAUACUCAAUUUGGGGAAUAACGGAUACCCUAGCACAUAUGUAUAUGCAAACAUAAAUAGUGGUAACACAUAAGUAUGGAUAUGCAUGCUUCGAAGCUAAAGAGCAAAAAAUAAAAUAUUGCUAAACUUAAACCAAAUAAUUUGUGAACUCAAAAUUUAGCCAAAUCAAACGAAUUAAAUAUCAAUAAAAAGUUAAUCAAUAGCAAACAUAAAACAAUUAAAAAUAAAACGCAGUGCGCAACAACUUAAAGUGUCUUUAGCGAGUUGAGUAUUUACUGUUUGGUGGAAAAUGGCGAUUGAUGUGCAAAAAUUUAAAAAAAAGAGACAUUGUGGCUACGUCAAAAAUAAAAAGAAAAAAACAACAACUAUACUUAGUAAGCAAACCUACAAAUGAAUGUAUACAUAUACAAGUAUUUUAGGCAUGGAGGAACGCAGAAUACCCAACGGCCACAAAGAACAAACAUACACAAGCAAAUUUGUUAUGUGAGCAUAUAAUAAUGAAAAAAAUAAUCGGUGUUUUAGCUUUAAGUGGAAGACAAUUUGGAAAUACUUUGAAUUUACAAGUAUCGCAUCUACAUACUUACUAGCAUAAACUUGUCUACAAACAAACAGAUCCUUAGAAAAUUAUUAGAUAAACUGAAGCAGCGAGAAAUCGAAAAAAUAUAUAAAUAUACAUACAUAAAAACACAAACAAAAAAUAAAGAAAUGGGUAUAUUAAAAAAAAAAAAAUAUAUAUAUAUAUACAUAAAUAAUAUAAAACUUAGCGAUGUUUUAAAUUCGAUGUUUUAAGUAUAUGUGUCUGUUUAUGUAACUAUUUAAAGAAGUCAAUACGAAAAAAAAAACAAAAAAUACAGUGAAAAAUUUUUAAAUGUAAACGUUGCUUUAAAAAUUACAACAAACAUAUGCAUACAUACAUAUAUACGAAUUUAAAAAAAAAAAAACAA